CCCCCGCGCCGUGAGGAGCCGCCGCCGCCGCCAUUAUGGGGAGGAAAUCCAGCCGGGCCAAGGAGAAGAAGCAGCGGCGGCUGGAGGAGCGCGCGGCCAUGGCGGCCGUGUGUGCGCGCGUGGCGGCCGCCAACAGCCUCCAGGAUCCCCUCGAGGCCUUCCCGGUGUUCAAAAAGUACGACAGGAACGGCCUGAACGUGUCCAUCGAGUGUCGCCGCGUGUCCGGCCUGGAGCCGUCCACCCUGGACUGGGCCUUCGAGCUGACCAAGGCCAACAUGCAGACCCUGUACGAGCAGAGCGAGUGGGGCUGGAAGGAGCGCGAGAAGCGCGAGGAGCUGCGGGACGAGCGCGCCUGGUACCUGCUGGCCCGCGAGCCCGGCGGCCCCGUGGCCUUCUCCCACUUCCGCUUCGACGUGGAGUGCGGGGACGAGGUCCUGUACUGCUACGAGGUGCAGCUGGAGAGCAGAGUGAGGCGGAGAGGGCUGGGCAAGUUCCUGCUGCAGAUCCUGCAGCUCGUGGCCAACAGCACGCAGAUGAAGAAGGUGAUGCUCACCGUGUUCAAACACAACCACGGCGCGCUGCACUUCUUCCGGGAGGCGCUGCAGUUCGAGGUGGACCCCACGUCCCCCAGCGUGUCCGGCUGCUGCGGGGACGAUUCCUCCUACGAGAUCCUGAGCCGCAGCACUCGCUUCGGGGAGCCCCAUCCCGGGGGCGGCCCCUGCGUCGGCUGCUGCCACUGAGCCCCCCCAAACCCCCGGCCCGGCCCGGUGGGACCCCCUGGACUGGUGACAAAAGCCCCCCCUUCCCCCCCACGCCAAUUGUGGCUGGGGUUUGGGGGCUGGAAGGGGAUUUUUGCGUUGGUUUUUUUGGGUUUUUUUUCUUUGGUUUUUUUUCAGCGGGUUUUGUUUGUACGUGAUAAAUAAAUAAUGAGGAAACUUUAAUUGAGGCUGGUGGUGCUGAUGGGCGGGGCUAUGCUAAUGAGGGGGUGUGGUCUAGUGACAAAUUGUAACGAAGGGGCGUGGUUUGCUCACAGUGGGCGUGACCGGAAAUGGGGGGUCCCGACAGCGGCGACGUCAGUACGCGCCGGAAGUGACGUCAGAGAGCGCAGCCGCCGCCAUGCCGCCCGUUGCCCUCAUCGCCCGCUCCCUCCUGCGCUCCGCGGCCCGGCCCGGCCCGGCCCCGCGCGGCCUCAAGUCGGGGCCUCCGCAGAGCCCCGUGGGGCUCGGGGAAUCCGUCGUGGGCUUCGUCGCCCUGUUCUUCUCUUGCCUCGGCCCCGCCGCCUGGGUGCUCGGGCACCUCAACGACUACAAGGCACGGGAGGAGUGAACCGGGCGUGCCCCACCGGGACCAGCCGCUCCGCGACCCCCGCUCAGCACCGGGACCAGCCGCCGGGACCACCGGGAGCGCCGCUCCCCGCGCCCAUGGGACCCUCCCCGUUCUCCCCAGCCCAAUAAAGUUCGCGGUUCUGCCUCUGC